UUGGAAUCAAAAUGGCGCCUCAAAGUGUUGUCAGUUUGAUAAACAAAAUGCAGAUGGAAUUUCCUGGCAUUCAACUGACAAAAAUGUGAGACUUAGCUGUUAAAUAGAAGUGUGAAAAUGGCAAGCUUACUUGGGCAGGUCCAUUUCUGGACUUUGAAGAAGUUAGCGCCUGGUGUCGGUAUAGAUAUCGGGAGUCACUGUUAUCACGACAAAUCAUCAGGAAAUGAAGACAAGCUUGCACAACUCAAGAGACAGUGGGCAGAGGAGCGAGGAAUUGCCUGGACACCAAGGAACAAGAGACCGGACAGGCUUAGAGACAACCUGAAGGAGUGUGAGGAAUGCUUACAAAAUUAUUCAGUGAUCUGUACGCGAUGGAGAACCCUAAGAAAUUUCCAGUUAUUGCUCAGUAAUGGGACGUUACUCUCAUUUCUGGUGUCCCAAAACUCUGGAGAUCUAGAGAAAGUGUUGAUUGAUAAGUCGCUAGUGGGCAAAAUACCAGAUCAUGUCUGUCACGCUGUUUUGACAGAUAGUUUUGUCAUAUUUUCCUUCAAAGACAAAGCAAAGCUUUUCUUUGUUUCUCUUGGAAAGAAGCCAAGCCUGGACUUCAAGAAGCUGGAGAGGUUAUCUGCAUUAGACCCUAAGAUGUCAUUUGCUGAGCUCCCUGGACCACCAAAUAAAAAGAUUGAUCGCAGGUUAUCUGUCAACCAGCGGCAAGAAAUGGUACUUGUUUGGUGGGCGACACAGAAUGAAGAGGCAUGGCCAUGGUCUCCUUUGACAGGGGAGAGGGAUCGCUCCAACAUAAUUAUAUUUGGCAUAAGUGGGUCCAAGCUUGAAAUCUUGUGUUACUGCAGAACAGAAUGUGACCCAGUUCAUGUUGCAUUUAGUUUUAAUCAGCCACAUCAUGUACACACUGUCGAACAGUCACUUCCUGGCUCAGAUGAUUCCAGUAUUGAUAACUGCAUUUAUGAGUACACUAAAAACAAAAUUGAAAGGGUUACUGUUACAACGAUCCCUAUAAAUGCUCCUGUAGCCGUCCAAGCGCGGAAUCAUGCAGAGGACAAGUUGCUCCUGGGAUGUCAAGAUGGCACAUUGGUGAGAACUUCUGAUCUGAUCUACUUCGGGGAGUUUCCCCCUGCCAGCUAUAGACAGCCCUUUUCUCUUUUGUGGCUUCUGUACUUGACUAAUAUGGCAGUGAUGUUGUAUGAUGGCCAUAGGAAAAUCACCCAAAUGACAAAAGCAGCAGUUACACCUCACCACAUCCGUUGGCACCCCGCUGAUGCUAUCAUACUUGUCUGCAGUGCAAGAGGAGAAAUCCAGGUAUUUGACAUGGCCCUAGCUCCUGUUAUGAUCCAGCUCCUGUCAGAGAACCCUCAGCCACAAAGUGUCCUGAACCUACACACAUACUUCCCGGAUACCAUCAAGCUGGAUAAAGUGUCCUGGUCAUGUGAAGCACCUGUUAGUAACAUUACUGAAAGUAGUGUUGGUUGCCAUGACAACCUGGUCAUCAUAAUUGACAGGGGUCCCCUUUGUCUCCUGAGAGUUGAGUUGGGUGUCAUGAGUCACGGUAAACUGGGGUGUGUGGAAUUAACCUCUGAAUACAUCAAACACAGUCAGGGGGAGGAGGCUGUGAACUUCCUGAACAGCAUGAACUGGAACACAGAAGGUAACACAUGCUUUGCUUGCAUGUCCCUUAUCAUGAACUAUCUCCUCAAGCUGCCACUGAACCCCAUCCGUGAGGGGCUUCUGGAGGAGACCCUGGGGAGCUUCUAUGCACCCUCACGCCCCCUGUCGGAUGUAACAGUCCUGCAGUACCGGGACCCAAUCAGUCGACUGUCCCGAAGAUUUUUCCAUCAUCUGCUCAGGUACAAGCGAUUUGAGAAGGCUUUUCUCUUGGCUGUAGACAUUGGGGCAAAGGAUUUGUUUAUGGAUAUCCACUACCUUGCAGCAGAUGUUGGGAAUUGUGCUCUUGCGGGUGUUGCCAAGCAACGGGCAAUACAGAUUGACAGCGAGCCAACAUCAGACACUGGGGAAUCAUGUGACGAGGAGUCCUAUGAGGAAGACUACCCUCCCGAGGAUGAAGAUGGGCUGGCACCCAGUGGCACACAGCAUGACCUAGACUACUCAUUACCCCAUGACCACGCCCCAUCCCAACAUCAAGGGAGAGGGCCUGCUAGUCAUAGCACACCUGUCAGAAGCAAUGCCAAAGGAAGUGGAGGACCUAGUCACCAGGCCUCAAGUGAUCCCAACACACCAACUGGAUCCACAGGAACCCCAGGCGGAGCACUCAAGAUAGUACACUUUGGAGUCGUAUGAUACUGCAUUAUGUUGUCAUACCUACAUCAAGUUAAACACUUUGAAGUAUGAUGUUUUCCUAUGUCCAAAGACUCAGGAGGCUAACAAAAGCAGGAAGUUUUUUUUCUGACAUUAUAAGGAAAUGACUAGUAGUGGCAUGGCUGUGCACCCCCACCGUUACAAUCCUGCCAUCGUGGUGAGAUUUGUCAUUAUGCCCAAACAAACCUAGAGCCAUUGGACCGCCUGUCGUUUUCUCAAUGACUGCUAAUUCUUCUAGGCAAUAGGUCAAACAUGAAGGUUAAAGUACUAUAAGGUCCUUUACUAAAUUAUUCCAUUGAGCAAAAUUAGUUUUGCUGUAAAAAUUAUAUAUUUUGUGCUGUAUUUGUUCUUGUAAAUAAUUUGUAAAUAGUUACAUGAAUUGUUUAAAAAAUGACAUCUUAUUAGGUUGUAAUAAAUAAUUGACAAAGCUA